AUGAGCACAGCCAUCCCCACACCCACCAAUCCGAUCGAGAGCAGUCCAACCGGCGCUACUACUACUAAGCCAAUCAGUCAGCCAGCCGAUCACCAGCAUCCCACCCACUCCCUCGGCAUCAACUCACUCCUCAUCGAUCUCACCACGCCCAUCAAGCACCACGACCAUCCGAAUGGGAUCCUCUACUCGGCCGGGAAGGAUGGGCUGAUUGCCGCCUGGGAACUCAACCUGCCCACCAGGAGCACUGCCAAGAAGCCCAGCGGACACCACCCCCGAUUUCAGGUCGACCAGCCCAAGCUAGCCAAUCACCUCCCUCCGACCACCUUCCGACAGUGUAUCCAGUCUCACACUGACUGGAUCAACGACAUCAUCCUCUGUAACCAUAAUCAAACCCUCAUCUCAGCCUCAUCCGAUCGGACCGUCAAGGCCUGGUCUCCUCACUCCCCUCAGAACGCACUCUGUCCAACGACCAUCGGAACCCACGACGACUACGUCAAAUGUCUGGCCCACAGCCCAUCCUCCGCCUGGGUGGCCAGCGCAGGCCUCGACCGAAGGAUCCUGCUAUGGGACACCGCCGAAUCCAGACCCAAUCCACUCGUCAGAUUCUCAGAGAAUACCGUCGGCACGUCAAUCUACUCCCUAGCCGCCACCCCAACCGGCCAACUUCUUGCUGCUGGCUCCCCCGCACAGGCUAUCGGACUCUACGACCCUCGACUAUGCUCUCAGGUGGCCAGGCUAGUAGGCCACACAGAUAAUGUCCGAUCGAUCCUCCUCUCCGACGAUGGCAGUCGUCUGCUCUCGGCCUCGAGCGAUGCGACCGUCAAGAUGUGGGACGUGCGCAUCCAACGCUGUCUUCACACCUUCUCCCACCAUUCAACCUCUGUCUGGGCCCUCCACAGCCAACAUCCUAGGCUUCAAUUGUUUCAUUCGGGCGAUCGCGCUGGUUGGCUUUGCAAGGUCGAUCUCGAAGGGUCUGAGGAUUUCCGCGAGGGUGAAUGUGUCGUGCUCGGUCAAGCUGGUCGUCAUGAUCAGGAGAACCCAGAUCCAUUCAACAGCUCUAAAGCCAACCAAGCCAUCACCAAGAUCGUCGGACUGGAUAACGCAUUCGUCUGGACGGCGACCGGUAGCUCAACCAUCGAACGUUGGAGGGAUAUCCCAACUCGCGCCCAACGCCGCCAGCUGCUGGCUGGUUCCACACAUCAUCCAUCAUCGCUCGAUCCGUCUCAUUCUCCUCCAACUUCCCACAUUUCAGAUUCUCAUCCUCAAUCUCAGUCAAAAGUCUCCCCCGCUCCACCAACAGAUCAUCUACCCCCACUUCCUCUACGUUCUCCUCAAUCCGUCUCCUUCAAUCUUGAGCUGUCUCCUUCAACCCUCAUCACUACCACUCAUCCACCGAGCUCCUCUUCCUCUCUUUCUCCAGACCUACCGCGAUCCUCACCAGCUUCGAUCAUUCAGCAAAGUCCCAAUCGUCCUUCUGAUACUCGCCUGCCCAGUCAGGCCCAACCCAACGAACUCGAUGGGAUUCCGCUCGAAGCCUUGGUUCCUCUGUUCUCACAGUUCGACCAUCUGCUUCACAAUUCCGAAUAUCUGGAUCCCGAAUCAACUACCAUCCAUUCCCCCGACUUGGCCGUGUCUGAUUCUGGCAUUCACAGAGGAUUAAACUAUUACACCCACUCAACCUCUUCCUCCUCAAGUCUACGAUCACCAAGCUAUCCCGGUCUUGAGCCUAUCAAGAUCCUUUCACCCUUGACCUUGGAACCUAAAGUUGACAAUCUACACACUCCAACGGUCAUCAAUCCUCAUCCGCACACACCCAUCACCGCACCUUCUGCUUGGAGACUCUACACAACGAGGGACUCAGCCGCUGAAGCAAUCCCAUUACGAGACUCGGCUGAUGACCUUAUCCUGGGUUGCUCCGGUUUAAUCAAGAGUGAAUUACUCAAUGAUUGUAGGCAUGCUAUCACGAUUGAUACCAUUGGUAGAAUAGCUCUUUGGGAUAUCAUCGGCUGUACUUGUAGAGGAAUCUUCGACCCUGACGAGUUGGAACGAGAGCUUGAUCACGCUUCUUCCAUUGGGUCUUCCGGAUCCUCGGCCAACUUUGCUCCUAGUGAACUGUUGAAGUUGGUUAAGGAACGGAUCGAGGGACAAGCGUCAAUUGGAAACUGGUGCACGGUUGAGACCCAAACUGGUCUACUGACUGUCCAUCUCGAUGAAAGUAGAUGCUUCGAUGGUGAGGUCUACGCUGAUGAAGCAGGGUUAAGUGAGGAAGUGUUAGGUCAGAUGAAGGAAGACCAUCGUCUCUCCUUGGGAAAAUGGGCACUAAGAAACUUAUUCGAAGGCUUUGUCAACCAUCAAGCCCAACUUCGGCUCCGAAGUAAAUCUCCUGCCACUGACUCCACCCCACCGACAAGUGCAAUCCAAGCUCGAGGUGAAGUAGAAUUGGAUGAGCAGAAAACCUCUGAACAAAAGUCGAUAGUCUUCCCUUCGCACCAUUUCCCAGGGAAGCCGUUUGUUCCUCGCACGCCGGGAAUGACCAUCGCCCUCGCCACACCAGCUCUGACACCGGCCAUUCUGCCGGAUCUUAAAGCCAUAAUAGUGUCAAAUGGCACGCCGAAGAACAAUCCACAGGGCUGGGAUUCAGUCUCUCAUUCAUCCGAUUAUUUCUCUCUUCCACGCUUAGUCGAGGCAGAUGAAGAACAGCUAGGCAAGGGAGCGCUCACACCUGGUGGGCUUGAUUCCAAUACAGACGCAAGUAGCUCAUACAGCUCAUCACUCAAUCCACCUCCUUCGAGACGGGCAUCUCCUGCGCCGGCCAGCAACGACGGCCUUUCACGCGAUGACAAGGCGCCAUUGACAGAUAGUCCUGCGGCCAGUUGGACUUCAACUACGACCAGCUCUAGUGCAGUCCAACCUAAUUCCGCCAACAUCUUCAGCCGCUUCAGGUCAUUAGGUCGUGGCCAGAAACGGCGGAGUAGUCAAGAUCCCACUGCCCCACCGGUAAUCUCGAAUCCGAUUCCAUACCGAGAAGACGGGGACCGAGCCGAACAAGAUGGACAACGGCAGCUCCUGAUGGAAAAAAUCAAAGCACAACAAGCCCAGAUGGUCCAAGGGAUUCUCAGCCAGCCGUUUGAGCCAUGUGGAAUACUGGAUGCACCCAAGUUGACUCUACCACCAGAAACAACGAUCUUGAUCUCGGAGCAAGAACCAGGAUCCGGUACCUGGGAGGUCUCAUAUCGUGGGCUGGUUGCAACGACCGGUUUGGAUUCGGAGAUCUUGAUGGACGUCUUGCCGGGUUGGUUGUUAAAUUUCUUACUCGGGAAUCGCGUCUCGACCAGAGAAGGUAGUUCUGCUGUCAAGGUCACAUUUGUGUUACAGCCUGAAGGCGGAAGUGAAGCUGCUGGACUACCCGAGCUACCGAAUGGGAAUGCCCGAUUGACAGCAUCCCGAGUCUUGCGAAUGAAGAAGGUCGCAGCCUAUGUUUCUCAAAAGCUAGAGUCCAGUCCCCCGAAAGUUGAUGCGCAUCAUCCACCAUCCUCCUCCCCCUCAUCAUCAUCAUCGAAGCCGAAGAGUGAGGUAGCUACCCAGCACAAGAACCAUAAGUCGAAUUCCAAGUCGGUCGGCUCAGCGGUAUCUGCCAGCAGUUCAACAACGACCACCAGCAAUACACAUCCUCAUCCUCAUCAUCCUCACCAUCAUCAUCGACAUCAUAAAGGAGAAGCUCGUCACUCCCACUCUAAAAAUGAUGAACUUACACCCACUUCUUCUCCUUCGACACAUCCUCAAUAUCCUUUUCCCAUCGAUGAAAAUCAGAUCGUCUUAUCUUGUAAUGGUCAAAUCCUUCCACGUCCACUCACUCUUGGCGUCGUCAGGCAGUGGAUCUGGGCCAAACCUGGUGACGUCAUUAUCCAUUACAGACGCGACAAGCUUGGUUCUCCAAGUUGA